GCCUUAUCUGAGGGCUUCGUCUCCCAGCCCUGUGGGUGGACAGUGGCCUCAGGGGCCAGAGCGUGGGCCCCAGCGCCGGCGCUGAGCGUGCGGAGCUCCUGUCCUUCCCCUCGGCCAUUCCCACACUCACCUCGCACCCUGCUGGCCCUGGCCUUGGGAACGCAGCUCUGAGAACGAGUGCUGAUCUGGCUCCGGGCAGUUCUGCAUCUCCCUCCCGUCACGGCCCCGGGAAAGGUGGCCCGGCCCACGUCUUAGUUUACAGGGGCCUUCAGGACCCCAGAAGAGUGGCUUCCAAUGAAAGCCUGACGUGUGGGGGAAAGCACUGCCUGUCACCCGCGCUGGGCCCUGCCCGGGACGGGAGGUGAUCAGGAGUCUGCAGUUCCGUUACCGUCUUUCUCUCCAGCCCUUUUCCUCCCGGCCAAAGCCUCACAUCCCCAAGUCUGCAGAGUAGAUGGCUUCUGUGUGGACUUUCCAACGCGGCUUUUAAACUACUGUAACUGUGAUGGUCGGAGCCACAGCAGUUCCACUGCAGCCACGAGGAAGCAGCUACUGGAAGCAAGCCUGUAAGCACAACCUUCAGACCUGUGAUGUGAGGAAGGUAAUCUCUCCUGCCUGUUUAAUGCUCUCAGCCUUGCACUCGUAACUUAUACAGCUGCAUUUAGAAUGACAUUCGUAAAGUUCACAUCAUGAAAAGAAAUAGUUUCUUAACUCAGUAUUGGUCAAAAGCCAGAUAUGUUGUGUACAUGAAUUUCCACUGAACAAUCCUUUUACAAAUGCUACAAACCAUUUCACAGAAGAGAAUAUCAUAAUUACUGCAAAUUGUGGAAUGCCUUUAGCUGUGCGGUCCCGGCUGCCUUGAUGUUCUGGCUGGGUUCGAGGCGUUUCCCUCUCCUGCUCAUUUUGACCUUGGGGAAGAGCUGGAAGUCCCACAGUGCCAGAUCUGACGAGUCGCUGGAUGAGGACACAGCACUGUGUUUUUGUGAUCUGCCUUUCUGCGGGAUGGCGCUCGGCAGGCAGCGGUUACUGUGUUUCUGAUCACACCUCGGAAAGACCCUUGAGAGAGAGCACGCCGGAGCUGCUGCAGGAAGGGGCCAGGGCCAUGGGACCAGUGUGUGCGAAGCGAGGGGAGGACUUUGAGGGGGACUUGCGGCAGUGUGUCUUUUACUGUAACAGACUUUUUAUUUAAGCAGGGGUGUUCGCAUCACCCCCUUCCUCUCUCCCUUCCUCCCUCUGCCUCCUUCACACUAACACUCACCCAGGCUGAACCCCCCAAACAGCCACGCCUGCUGCAGUUGCUGAUGAAAUAAUCUACUGGACAGUUACACCAGCAUGGGGCACGGUGAUGACAGAGCCUGCUGGGGCUGGGGGCGCUGUGGGCUGCAGCCCUGGUUCCGAGAGGCCCGAGGAGCCACCAAAGAGCCAGGAGGCAGAAGCCCAGGCCAGGCGAGCGCCGCAGGGGGGCCCGGAGUCCAUGCAGAGGGAUGACAAGAAGACAGGUCUGGGCCACACGUGGCGAAAAUGCCUCUCUGCACACAGGGGAGUGGCUGUCACUGACCCACCGUCGCCAUUGCUAGCUGCUGCCCAGAGUUUGCUCCCACUUAAUCCCCACGGUCAUCUUUGGGGACACCGACGACUGCGCCCCACUCCGCAGAUCAGGAAGGGAGGCCCAGCAGGGCCACGUGGCUUCCUCCAUUGUCACACAUGGCAGGUGUCCCUGACGCCACAGCCUUCCCUCCCUCUCCAGGGCAGCCCCCUGUGGGCUGGAGCGGGACUGCACCCAGGCUGGGCACAGGAAGCCGGGCUGUGGACACCGCCCUCGUGGACCCCCGAGACUCCGUCACGGCCAUCAGAUGCCCCCACGGAAGGACAGCCCCUGAGUAGGCGAGGGCCGGCGCCUGUCCCGCCCGUUCUGGUCACAGGGCAGCUGCCACGAGGCGCAACCCUGCGCAUGAGGAAGCUUCAAGGAGAUGGAGUGAUUUCUAACUAAAGAAAAUGCUGCUUCUCGGCCCGAAAGCGUGGCCCUCGCUUCAUCUGACAGUGUAACAGACGGUGGUGGUUUGGGGGGGAUUUGUGGCAUAAAGUCAGGCAGGAGAGGUAAUCAGCGGCCUGGCAUUUAUUCUUGAUGUAGGAAUAUUUGUCCCUCAAAGUCAGGCUGCGUGGAAUAUUAGCAUUUGAAUAAAUUAUUCAGCACCUUCCAGAGAAAGCAAGGGGAGAAAUCUUUCCAGCAUUAUAACAUGGCAAUCUACAAGGUAGUAGCAAAGGAAGGCUGUCAUUUUUUCUUCAAUUACAAAAGGCAAAUAUUUAUUAUUUAUAAGUAUGCGCCUUCUAUAGGCUUAAAUGUUAUUUAUGAACCUGUUGCACAGCGAUUUUCAGUGUAACUCAUUAUUUUUAGCCUUAGGGUGUUGUAAAGGAGCAUGGAUAUAUUUAAUGACACUGCUACUCAGCGCAAUUACACUGUAAUCAUUAUGUAAAAUGUGCUAUUAAUUAAACCAAUUUCUAGUUAGAACAUUCGCUUCUGCAGGGCUUAAUCUUAAUCUCCAGCAAUCUUUCUCUCUGUUUUUCCCCUAUUAAUUACGUGAUUACUUUUUCAGUUACGUAUGCUAAAAUAUGCUUUCUUUUGAAGCUUACGGCCAUCCUUUAGGGGUACUCAUCACCUGGGUCUGGGGACGGCUGGUCAGAAGUUUCUGUUUCUCGAACUGGAGAAGGCUCCAGACUGAAGGUCAUCUUUGUGAAGCUGGGUAAAUUUGAUAAAUCAAAUGCUGAGAUAGUCCCUUUUUGGCUUAAGUAACAUAUAAAAAUCGCUAGUUUUGUGGCUUACAGAAAUGUAGUUAUUUCUCAGUAUCUGAGUAGGACUGAUACUGGUGACCCCCCCUCCCCAUUACCACACCCGGAAGUGGUCAAAGCCCUUAU